GUGCCAGACCCAGUGAUUGAAACUCGCACAGGAGUCAGAGGAAGAAGCAGAAAGGAGGGCCAUGGGGGUUUGCCUUGGUCAGGGUGUAUGUUGGCUGCUGCCUUUCCUCUUCUUGCUGCUUAUGAUCACAGUGUCCUCCACCCAAAGUCAAGGAUGUCCCCAGCGUUGUGACUGCAUUGCGAAGCUGAAGACCGUGUCCUGCUUUGGCAAACGUCUGUCCUCCUUGCCGGAGGGAAUCCCGCCUGACACCAAAGUUUUGGACCUGAGUGGGAAUAGACUUCGCUGGAUAGAACAGGAUGAUCUUCUUCCAUAUACACGCCUGGAGAAACUGGAACUCAGUGAUAACAUGAUCAGCGUCCUGGAGCCAAAUGCGUUUUCCAGUCUUCAGAACUUGCAGUCACUUUCACUGAGGGGUAACCAGCUAAAACUGGUUCCCAUGGGAGCUUUCUCACGUCUCUCCAACCUCACCUCCUUAGAUUUGAGUGGAAAUAAGAUUGUAAUUCUUUUGGACUUCACUUUCCAAGACCUAAAAAGUCUUAAGAACCUGGAGGUUGGUGACAAUGAUCUGGUUUACAUUUCCAACAAGGCUUUUCUGGGAUUAGUAGGACUCAAGGAGCUGACAAUUGAGAGAUGCAACCUGACGUCAGUGUCCAGCCAAUCGUUAUCCUAUCUGCACAGCCUGGUGACUCUGCGACUCAGGUACCUUAGCAUCUCUUCCUUAGACGACCAGAACUUUCGAAAACUUGGAAACCUUAGAGGUCUGGAGAUUGAUCAUUGGCCCUUUUUGGAAUAUAUCUCCCCUCAUAGCCUUCAAGGUCUUAAUUUGUCGUGGCUGUCCAUUACUCACACCAACAUCACCUCUGUGCCCACUUCUGCCCUUCGUAGUUUGGCUCACCUCACUAGCCUCAACCUCUCCCAUAAUCCAAUCACUGUGUUAGAGUCCUGGGGUCUGCGGGAUCUCAUCAGACUGAAGGAGCUGCAUCUGGUGAACACCAACCUGGCAGUAGUUCAACCUUAUGCACUAGGUGGUCUGAGGCAAAUCCGCCUUCUUAAUCUUUCGACCAACAGCUUAGUGACCUUGGAAGAGGGAGCCUUUCAGUCAGUCAACACUCUUGAGACGCUGCGCUUGGACAGAAACCCUCUUGCCUGUGACUGCCGCCUGCUCUGGAUCCUUCAGCGUAGGAAGACCCUUAAUUUUGAUGGUGCCUCCCCUGUGUGCAUGGCCCCUGUUGAAGUCCAAGGUCGGGCUCUUAGCGCUUUCACCGACUCAGCUCUUUUUGACCACUUUACUUGCCAGAAGCCUAAAAUUCGCAACAGGAAACUGCAGCAAAUUUCAGCCCGCGAAGGGCAAGUAGUGUCGUUUAUCUGCAGAGCAGAAGGUGAGCCUACGCCGGUGAUAUUCUGGAUUUCUCCUCAGCGUCGACGCAUAACCACAAAGAGCAGUGGGCGACUGACUGUGUUACCAGAGGGCACUCUAGAAAUACGCUACGCCCAGGUAACUGAUAGUGGAACUUACAUAUGCAUCGCUAGCAAUGCUGGUGGGAAUGACACCUACUUUGCUACGCUCACAGUCAGUGGGCUACCGCUGGAUGCAGCACUCAUGGCCAACCGCACCUAUUAUGCCGGGGACCUUAAUGACACAAAUCUGAAUGACACCAGGGUGUUCUUGAAGUUUACCCUUGACCUCAAGACCAUUCUAAUAUCUACAGCUAUGGGCUGUAUCAUGUUUCUGGGAGUGGUCUUGUUCUGCUUCAUCCUGCUAUUUGUGUGGAGUCGGGGUAGAGGACAGCACAAGAACAACUUCUCAGUUGAGUAUUCUUUCAGAAAAGUGGACGGACCAGCAACCAGCGGAGGACAGGGGGGGGCACGAAAGUUCAACAUGAAAAUGAUUUGAUUCUGCAGAAGCCCCGGUGUUUUUCCCUGCUUCAGUAUAAGACGCAAAUUAACAGAACAAAUAAAAUUUGUGCGAAACAACCCACGGGACACUUUAUUAGGAUGAGGUUUUGUUUAAAGAAACUUGUGCUUGCAUGCAAAAUGUCAAACUACAGUAUGAUGCUUUGAUACAUUUCUACUGCUCUUUGUUUUGUUCAUAUAAUUGUGUAUAUAAGUUUUAUUCCAGAGAAGGAAGUCUCAAAACUUUGAACAGACUGUUAAAAGACAAGCAACGUAAGCCCCCCAACGUCCCACACGUGUUUAACCUUUACGAAGGCCAACGCACUUCUUUCCUGAAAGGAACCGUCAUCCUCACCUUUGAAGGGCCACAUUCAAACUGACUCAAGCACUCCAAGCUGAUGAAAACAUAAUUAGAUGGUGGUGCUCAGUAAUUGCCAAGGACUUGCCAAUAUAUAUUUAGAUAAUUCCAGCUAUUUGGUGCAUAUUUAGAGCUCAAUACAGUUACAACGCCUUUACUUAUGCUGACUGUGAUUUUACUAAAGGAUUUUUGAAAAUAGACCAACUUAGUACCAGACUCUACAUCACUGCCAAUUUGACCACAGAGCACCAUGCACAGCACUGGCCACAUUUAUUGGCACCAGGGUUAAUAGAUUUGUAAAAUGCCUAAAAAAUUAUUGAUCUUUAGUUGCAGAAGCAUGAUCUCCCACAGACAUCUUAGGAAAAACCCAAUCUUUUUGUCGAUAAUAUUUUUGCAUUGGGAAACAAAAUGCCUUUAAUUAAAUUAAUAAAAUGUAUACUUUUUUUAGGUCAGAAAUUGUGUGAAUGACCUACGAAUUAUUAAUAUAUUACGUUCUCUUUUUCUAUUGUAUAAAUUUAACAAAGGAGGCCAAUUUUUUACUCCCUGCAUGGACAAGGACUCAUGUUUAUUUUACCAUGAGGACGAGCCUUAAUUUAAAUAAAUAAUGACCCUGUUAGAGAUGUGCAGCAAAGUGGGGCAUCUUAGGGACACCAAGUCUCUAUAAUAUACUGCAGAUGAUUGUUUGGGAGUUAUAUUAGCAAAAAUAUUAGCCUGCAAUCACCAACACAAAUUUUAGGGUUUGUUGAACUCUAGAGGAACCAAGGGCUUUGUUAAGAUGAGCCUAAGAUUGAGCUUUUUUGUCACAAAAAAACAUGGUGGAAAAGCCCCUUAUACCUACAAAGAAUGCAUGGUUUUAUGAACUCUUUGAAAUAUCAUAACAUUUGAAAUAAAAAUGUUUAACAAGAUACUGAUCCAAACCAUGAGGCUGAAUCAGCCCAGAAAUGGUUUACCAUAAAUCCUACCUUCUUCAGUGACUUCUCUGUGUGCUCUGACCUUGUGAAAUUUUAUACACGGAUUAGUGCUGCCCUACUGGUAAAAUAUGAAUACCUAGCAGUAGUAAAUUAGUAAAUGGAGGAGUACCAAUGAUUUAGUUAAAAACAAUGAUUUCCUUAUAUAAGAUUUCCCCCUCCCUACUAAGUUAGUGUGCUCAGAUUAUUAUUUUUUUCAAACUUUUCUGUGUGAGAAUUAACUGCUGCAAGGAAAGAUCAUUUUUAGGUUAUUUAUUCUUUACCAGGGUUGCCAAGAAACAUGUCAGCUUCUGUAAAAACCUGUGCAGAAGAGAAAAGCUACUUCUACCUGUAACAUCUGUUCACAGCGAACGUCGGAGUCAAGAUACUUUUUUAAGGACCCAAGUGAACACAUGUAUGAACACUGAAAAAUCAUGAAUUUUUUCAUUAUUAUUUUUGGUAAAUCUGUGCAAGAGUUUUACCCUCUUGGUCUAAAACAGAAAACUUUAACAGCGAAUGCAUGUACAGACUUUGGUUCAUACUUUAACAAUUUGUAUUUCUAAAACAAACAGCCGUUGGUGUUCUUUGAUCACCAAAAUUGUACAGACAGAGUAUGAUAAGAUGUAAUAUAUAUUUUGUAUUGCUGAUAUUGAAAUUAAUGUGACUGUUUAUAGUACUGUUGAGUGAUUAAUCUGACUUUACUGCUCUACCGUUAUUAAACUGCUAAAGUAUCAUUCGGUAAACAGUGAACUUCAGUGCAGCUGUAAACACGACUCUAAGUGUAUCAUGUUCGUCAUGUAAAUGUGGCUGCUCGCUGUAGUCAAUCAUAAAGGACAUUCACUGUG